CCCACACGCACACACCGGUUUCUCUCCUUAGAUAUGACUUUUUGUUUUGUUAUCUGCUCCAAUUUUUCCUGACACCAAAGUUUGAUUUUUUUAUGAUCCCCAUUUGAAUUACAACGUAGACGUUGGCUCACUCCAAUUAUAUCUGUCCAAACGAACACAAACAUUGUUUGUUAAAAUCUGUAUACAUCAGAAAUUACCUGUCCUUCAAGACGGUAAGUUAUAAUUACUCUGGCAAGUUAAGUUCUAGUUUGAACAAGUUUCUAUUUUGGAUGACCAAUCGAUCUGUUUCCACACAGGCCCCGCGAACAUAGCGACGGAGCAACUUAACACCAACGGUGAUAUUUCAAAAGAGAGAAUGCAAUAUUCAUUCCGCCACCACGUGACGAGGUUUUUCUCUCUCAAUGCCAAGAGAGAUGUGAAUAUUUUCUUUCACGCGCAAGUGUUUUUAUUUCAGAGAUGUAUCAAAUAUUUAGUAGAGCCACUUUUGUCUAACAAACAGCAGAAAUGUGUAGGGGAGAGAACAACGACUUAGGGGCUGGAGAGAUCGAAUUACUUUGGUUCUUACUUUAUGUAAUAGGAUAGUGUUAUUUUGAGCAGAAUUAGCUCAAGACCUGUUCAGUGUUGUGUACAUACGCUGGCGUUUACAUAGGAUUGACACCGUUUAGGAUUUUUUGUUUCUUAAUAUUUAGUGUCUAUGUGUUUGUUUCGUUUAAACUGCUAUAUAAGGUAAACUGAUUUAUUUCAAUAUUGUAAGUUAUAUAUUUGGUGUGGAAUGUGAAUUAUAAUGAAAGAUAAAGUAUCUAUUGUUUCUCGUUGUUCGAUUUGCGUUUACCAUGCCUAUAGAAAUCAAAGCGAAGGGAAUUCUGAUCAGGCACGUUGUAAAGAUGUCUGCGCUACGCACUGCUGGCACCAGGUCACGGCUCUCUUGCUUCCUCUACAUCUUGCUAAUCGUCUUCAGAACUCCAACAGACGCACAGCAAAUCUCCCUGCAUUCUGAAGGCGCCAGCUUCCCAGACUCGGUGUAUCAAAAGUGGAGCGAGUCUUACAGAACGUAUCGAAGCCCCAAGAAAGACGUCGUACUGAGUUACAAGGCUACCUCAAGCAGCCUGGGCCUCAAUCUUAUCGUCAAUGCGCCACAGAAGGCUAAUUUUGUGGGCUCCGACAAUCCACUCAGCGGCAAGUUUGCAGAUAAGGAUUUAGAUUUACUGAUAUUUCCUACAGUUGCAGGAGGUAUAGUCAUUGCCUACAAUCUACCAAGUUGUCAAAAGACCGCUGGUCAAACACUUAACCUGACCAGAGAACACGUGGUUGGAAUUUUUAAUGGCACAUUUGUCAAGUGGAAUGACCCAUCCAUACAGAUGGUCAACUCUAUGUGCAAUUUGCCCAACGCCUCAAUCAUUGUUAUCGCACGACGUGUUAGCUCCGGCACCACUAAAACCUUUACCUCCGCCCUGUCGGCGUUUGACGUAGCGUGGAAUAAUCAGAAAGGAUCUUUCUCUGAAGGUACUAAAGAAGGAACAGAUAUACCUGUCUACUGGUAUCCAGAUGUGAUUCGCUAUUACGGCUCAACCAACCGUGACAUCGGAAGUCUAGUUCGAUCUCUGUUCUACUCAUUGAGCUAUCUCUCUGUGGGGGAGGCGGAGAGUGACAACAUCAGCUACGCCGCCAUCGGAAACAUAAACGACGAGUUCAUCUUACCUUCUAUGGCCUCGUUGCAGGGUGCCAUGAUUUACAAAGAGAACGACACGUCACUAACUCCAUACCUGGUAGACCCUAAAACACCUGGCGCCUACCCGGUGUCGAGCUAUACGUACCUGGUAUUCUAUAGGACCUACAAAACUGAUUGUGCCACUGUGAUGGAAAUGGUCAGAUUCUUCAUGUGGCUAACUUCAGACCCCCAGGCACAGAAAGACGCUGACCACUUCGGAUUCUCUACUCUUAGUGACCGGAUGAAGCAGCGUGUCCACGAUGAGGUCCUGAAGAAAGUGACCUGUAAUGGAGAACUGGUCAUCGACAUGAUCGAAGCUGAUAGCGAGGAGACAGUGGAUACACCCGCCUGGGUGAUACCAGUGUCUAUUACAGUUUCAGUAUGUCUCUUGUUAUUUGCUGCCAUGGCUGCAUACAUCAUGUAUCAAAGGUUCAAACUGAAUUCUGUCAACCACAGACAUGACUGGAACAUCCCCAUAGAAGACAUUGUCUUCUUCUACGAUGAGAAGAUGCAGUUGACGUCAGUUAGUGGAAGAUCAAAGUUUUUACGCCAAAAGUCCGUCAAGUCUUUCAUGUCUAUUGGCCAAAUCUCUGAGGGCCCAGAACUUUUGUCUCAAAUUCUGCAGUGGCCAGGGAAAUGGAGGGGUAAUACGAUUGGAAUACGACUUCUGGACGUACUGGACAUACGGAAAGUGACUCGCGAUGUGGAGAACACCAUGCUCUGGAUGAGAGACUCCCUCAUCAAUAUCAAUGUUGUCAGGUUCUACGGACUCACGGAACUUGACGGCGCCAGGUACGUCAUUGGAGACUAUUGCAGCAAAGGAACCAUCUUGGACGUCCUACAGAAUGGUAAAUACAAUUUGUCCGAAGACCUCAAAAUGGCUGUGGCUGUCGAGAUUUCGUCUGGAAUGUCAUUUUUGCACAUGCAUGGCAUUGUCCACGGGAUGCUGACCUCACACUGCUGCAUGCUGGACAAUAAAUGGACAGUUAAGAUUGCUGAUUGGGAAUACUGCAAGCUGUUCUUCUCCUACAAGAGUAAGAUGAAUCCUCUGUUGGCCUUCAGAACCAAAUCUAUUUUAACACAGGACAAAGACGACGCGACACUCAAAUCUUUCUGGACAGCGCCUGAAAUUUUAAGGUCAGAGUUCACCGAAUGGCCCUCCCAAUCCAGUGAUGUCUAUAGUUACGCCAUCAUAUUACAUGAAGUGUUUACCAGAGACGAGCCGUACAUAGAACUGGCCAAUGAUAUGAGUCCAGAGCAAAUCCUUCAAGCAGUAGUGCAAAAUCGUCUCCGGCCUGAACCGAAUUCCGACAUCCCGAUGUCCAUACGACAGAUCAUGGAGAUGGCCUGGUCAGAUGUGCCUUCCUCUCGACCAAGUUUUGAGCAGAUGAACAAAAUGUUACGCCGCUAUCAAAGGGGAGGUAAAACUAUUAUGGACAACAUGAUGGAGACCAUGGAAGACUAUACCAAUCAGUUGGAGGAGGAAAUGCAAACCAAGGAAUCAACUCUUCAAUCUGUCAAACUAGACCUGGACACUCUCAUGUCCGAGCUAGUACCUGUAGACUAUAUGGAAGCCCUGAGAGUUGGGGAGGCCAUUGAAUCAAGGAUCUACCCAGCUCUGGGUAUCAUCAUGCUGGACAUUGAAAGAGAGGGAGACUCGGUGGACAGCGGUCACUUCAAUGAAGUUUUUAACUUCCUGGACAAAGUUCGGAGUGAAAUAAAAUCAGUUGCUGCCAGGUACAACGCCUAUUCUCCCCCCUGUCCCUAUGGUCAAGCUCAUCUCCUGUUGAUAGGUAUCGGCCAGGAACAAGUCAUCUUAUACGACAGGUGUGUGGAGGUCUCUCGCAUUGCACUGAAUCUCUUGAAGGCAAUGUCUGCCUUAGAGGGAUGUGCUUCAAGAAGCAUUCGUAUCAGCGCCCACGUUGGCACAGUGGCGGUGGGGAGCAGCACUCACACUUCCCCGCACUUUUUCUUGAGAGGCAGCGGUCUAGAUGUGAGUCGGUCCUUGCUGACCUCUGCACGACCGGACACAGUCUACGUCUCCAAGUGCCUGUUCAGCCAGAUCGAGAAAACGCCCGAGUUUCUCUUCACCGGAAGAGACGCCGAGUGGAUUACGUGUAACGACACAGACAUCGAAGCUUUUAUACUGGUUGGGAAUAGAGCUGACCCCAAUCCUGCACCAUCUGUCUCGCUGGACUCUGGUCUUGGUGGAGAGUCACGAGACAAGAAUCAUUCAACUACUAAAGCAGAAACGUCAAAAGUCCAAGCUUUGAAUGGGCAGUGUACAGAAGAGCUUAACUCUAAGGGCAGGCUACAACGUAAUAAACUGAAGUGCGAGUUACGGCGGCGGGAUGUAGACAUUUCUGCUGACAAGAGUGUUCCUCAGACAACGGGAAGCCAAGCUGCUGACAUGCCAAUAUGUGGCACCAGUCACUUGGUUAAAUCUCCAGAAAACAAAUUAGAUCUUAAAGUUGAUUUACCUCCAUCGACAGUGACGAUAGCACACAGCGCUAUAUGCGAAAAUCCUGUCGACGACGCAGCAAUGAGAUCUGAACAUUUACAAACUUUCAGAAAAUCUUCACAUCUUGAGGCGAAAGGCAAACAAAAUUCAGAUUCCGUGACUAAUUUCUUAAAGGCAUCUAAACGAGCGUACACAGGCAGCACUGCUGAGGUGGAUGUGGAUCUGCACGAACCACCCACAACAACUUUCUACAUUGCCCAGGAACUACCUCAAUCUUCCAAAGAAAAACUCGACAUUAGAUUCCCCGCGCACCUCGAAGCCUAUGACUCAACGGAAUGGGUCGAAAAAUACGACUCAUGUAACAGUUGUGCACAUGAAAAAACUGACCACCACAAUGUGGCAGGACCUAUCUCUACAAUAAAUCUUCGCAGCUUGAUACCGGAAAGUGAUCCGCUUCAUCAAACUAAUGACAGAGUCGACCAAUCUGACUGUAUAGACGAAACGUUGCAGAGUUCUAAUCUCAAAGCUAAAACAAAGAAAUCAAAGUUACGUUCCUCGGAGAAACCAAUGGAUAUAAUCGAAGACUUGAAUGAAUUACAACAAACUGAAAGAACAAAGUCAAAGAAACAUUUUAGACAUCGUAAAGUCCUACCUUUGUAGCAUUGAAAACUUAUGUUACAGCUAGUAUGUUUUAUGUACACUCAACCUUGCUAAAUAUGUACAUAAUAAAUAACCAUGUUAUAAAGAGUCUUAACCUUUUACUUAUGUCCUAUUUCAAAUAAAAAUAACUUUUAGCAGCUCUAGUUAUAAGACUCUUUGCUGACAAUUUGCUGUACAAUAUACUAAGAAGAAAACAAGGUUGCAAAGACAGUUUGUGUGGAAACACAAACUCAAAAUGGGCCCCCUAAGUGGUCCACCUAGAGUCUACACUAGGAUUCGAACACGGGACUUCCGGUUCCAAGUGCUUUACCCCUCAGCCACAGCAUCUCCAAAUAUUCAUUUAGCGUACACUUAUAUUUUUUAAAAUAAUAAUUAUUAACCUUAUCCAUACAUUGAAAAUUAAUAACAUGCUACAUGUCAUAGAGAAAUAUAAAAAAAAAAAAAGAUUUAUUCUUCUAACAAAAUUAGAUAAAUUGGGAAUAUGAAAAAAUUCUUGACCUACUUUAGCUAGUGAGCCCAUUUUUGCAAAACUACUUUUAUUUUCGUGGCGAAAGAGAAAAACUUGAAAGGAUCAUUAGCUAAGUUUAACAUACAUCUAAAAUCUAAAUCCAAUUUACUACAUAAGUAGAAACAAACUAAGGCCCGCAGGCCGUGGGUAAUGUCCGGCUAAUUAUAAAUAUAUCUAGAUCUGGGCUCUAUCUAGUCUUAUUUAGACUGUCAAGUGUAGGCCCCUAUAAUUAAUGAGGAUAUGUCAUUAUUUUUUAAAGUUAUAACUAAAACGAAGUUCGUAUCAAAAUUCUGUUUUUAAAAACAACAUUUGAAUCAGUAUUCUAUUGAAUGAGUUCGUUUAUAAAUGAAAAUUUUUUUUUAUAAUGAUCUAUUGACACUUUUACCAUUGUGACCUCUGAUGCAAAUUGUAUGUGCCAAUGCGUGAAUCUAUGAAUGAAGCUUGAGUUAUUAAGAAGUCCAUAAAAAGCUACCUCCCCUGAAGCUUUUCAUUGAAAAGUGGUGUAAUUUUUUGAAAAAUCUACUUGUAUAUAUAAUUUUUUAAAUUAAAGGGUUCACUUUCGGAAAAGAAAAAAUAGCCGUUGCAUCAGAACUUUGAAUGAUCUAAAAUAUCAUGAUGAUAUCCGAUUCUCAUUUUCUCUUCUAGUUUCUAAACGGGACAGGCAACACAAAACUAAUAGCGUCUUUUCCCCUUUCGGGGCCGCUAAAUAUCACAUUGGUAAAAGCUAGUUUCGACAAUUCAUAUUUUCUUAUAUUCAUAUUUAUUAUUUUAAAAUUGUAGCCAAUGUAGAUUAAUUAAAAAUUGAUUUGUAAAUAUUAAAGUUACACAUUUCUUUUAUCAAAUAUUUUCUCGUUUUUAUAUUUUUCUAUGCCUUAGACGAGAAUAAAAAAGGUGGCCAGAUUGGGUGUCACUAUGCUUUACUUUAUGCAUUUCGUACUCUGCUUAAAAUAUUUGAUAUGCAAAAUUGUUGAAUGUCAUUAUUUAUCUAUUUACAUAUCACAUUUUUAUCAUUUGUCAUUAUAAAGCACUUUGCAUUUUAUCUACUAUUAA